AUGCUUUAUCUCUUGGUUCAGGUCAACGAGGGUGUCAAAUGCGUUAUUCCAGAGCGUGUAAUGAGCAUAGAGUUCACAAAUAAUCAAUUUUUUGACCUUUUUGAUGCAAUCACGUUAGGACAAUAUGAUGGAAGAGAGGUGAAGGUUUUUAUUAGACAAAAAGAGGUUGAAGGUUGGCAAGAAGUAGACAAUGGGUUAAAUGGCGAUUUAGCAAUGUUAGAAGUUUUGGGCUUUAGACUGGUUAAAUUUUGUCUUGUUUCUAGUAAAAAUUUAGAUUCUCCAGACUUAACUCAAGAUGGGCCAGAUGCUUUUAACAUCUUAAUGACAAAUUCGAGAAGACUAUUACUUCCUAGACAUUGUACUGAGAAAAAUAACUUUGACAGACUUUACAAUGAAAUUAUUGAACUUUUUCAAGAUCAAAAAGUUGGCUGGAUAUGUGGUUCACAUGAAACGAUAGGAAAAGAAUUCAUAAAUCGUCUUACAAGUGCUUUGUGGUAUAUUGAUCCACAUCUUUCGACAUUGAAAGCACAUUUAUACUACUUGCCAACUCUUUUCACACACUCUCUUGAGCUUUCUAUUAGUCAGCCAUGGACAAGUAGUGAUAUAUGGAAUAAAGUAAUACCCGCUGUUCUUUCUUUAAUUGAAAUCUUAAAAAAUUAUUCUGAUUAUUUAAUUGCAACUGCUACUAGCAUGAAUGAACUUCAUUACAGUGAUAAAAAUGACUAUAUUGAAUUAGACGAUUUUUUAUUUGAAAAGCAAAUUUAUGAACAUGCUAAUAUUCAGCAGUUUCUUCCAAUUGAUGUUAUGAAACGUUAUCGAUUUAUAAAAGAGUUGCAACUUACAUUUCUAAUCGGUGUAUACAG